UUAAAUACUGCAGGGCUUUCUCUGAGUCUCUGUGACACAGUUUCUCAUUUAUUAUCAUGGGACUUCCAUUUCUGUUUCGUGUCUUUGGGAUGUGCUUCUUCACUUUCAUGGUAUCAGGGAAUUCCAUAGCCCUUAAUGGAAGUACAGACAUACCCUCGUUUCCAAGCAACUUCCUGUUCGGAACUGCAUCCUCUUCUUAUCAGUUUGAAGGGGCAUUUCUAAGUGAAGGGAAAGGUCUUAAUAACUGGGAUGUUUUUUCUCACAAACCUGGGAAAAUCAUGGAUGGAAGUAAUGGAGAUAUUGCCGUUGAUCAUUAUCACCGUUAUCUGAAGGAUAUAGAUCUUAUGGACUUUAUGGGAGUCAAUAGCUUUCGUUUCUCUAUAUCAUGGGCCAGAAUUUUACCCAAGGGGAGAUUCGGAAAUGUGAAUAUGGCUGGCAUCAAACAUUAUAACGAGCUCAUUGAUGCACUCCUGCAUAAAGGGAUCCAACCAUUUGUGACGUUGAUUCAUUAUGACAUCCCUCAAGAACUUGAAGACAGAUAUGGAGCCUGGCUAUGUCCGGAGGUGCAAGACGAUUUCAGAUAUUAUGCAGAUAUAUGUUUCAAACAUUUUGGGGACAGAGUUAAAUAUUGGGUCACCAUCAAUGAGCCCAAUGUUGCAGUCAUUCGCGGUUACAGGUCAGGGAUGUACCCGCCAUCUCAUUGCUCAGGCUCAUUUGGAAACUGUAGUAAUGGUGAUUCAGAGAGGGAGCCUUUUAUUGCAGCCCAUAACAUGAUCCUAUCUCACGCUGCUGCUGUUGAUAUUUAUCGAACAAAAUACCAGAAAAAUCAAGGAGGCAACAUUGGAAUUGUUAUGAAUGCCUUAUGGUUUGAACCCAUCAGCAAUUCCUUAGAAGACGAGUUAGCGGUUGAGAGAGCUCAAUCUUUUUAUAUGAACUGGUUCUUGGACCCUAUUAUAUUUGGGAAGUAUCCUGCAGAAAUGAGUGAAAUCCUAGGAUCUGCUUUGCCCGCAUUCUCAAAAAAGGAUCUGGAUCAGCUCAAGAAGGGAGUAGACUUUAUCGGCAUCAACCACUAUACUAGUUUCUAUAUUAAAGACUGCAUGUUCUCUGUAUGUGAAUAUGGACCGGGAGUAUCAAGGACAGAAGGGUAUAUUCUACGAACUGCCCAAAAGGAUGGUGUCUACAUUGGGGAACCUACUGAUGUGGACUGGCUCUAUAUUUACCCUCAAGGAAUGGACAAAAUGGUGACAUACCUGAAGGAUAGGUACAACAAUACACCAAUGUUCAUUACAGAAAACGGAUUUGGUGAAAUGAGUAGUCCCAGUUCAGAUAUCGAAGUUUUCCUUAAUGAUGUCAGAAGGGUGGAGUACAUGAACGCCUACUUGGAUGCGUUGGUGACAGCAAUGAGGAAAGGAGCAGAUGUGAGAGGGUACUUCUCUUGGUCAUUGCUUGACAACUUUGAGUGGACAUCUGGAUAUACAGUAAGGUUCGGGCUUCACCACGUCGAUUAUAGCACCCUCAACAGGACUCCAAAAUUGUCUGCAGCUUGGUACAAACAACUUAUUGCGAAUCAUAUGGCUCAUAGUACAUUAGUGCCUGAGAAUAAAAUCAAGAAAUUGAAUGAUCUGGGAUUUUCAAAUGUAAUGAAACUUCAACAGAAAUGAAGGUCAAAUGAUAUAUGGUUCACAAUAUUCCUUUCUGUUU